AUGAAGUAUCUUGAGUCAUGUGUGAAGACAAGGUACAUUCUCAGAGGUCAAUUGGCAAAAAUUGCACCGUUGGCAAAUGUCAAUAUCCGAGUCAACAUACCUACAGCUAAAGGUUCUUCACAUGACGACUAUGUUGUUGAGUUCAAUUUACCAUGGUUGAAGAUUGUAAUUGUCCACAACCACUUCAUGUUGAACGAAAGUCUUACAAACCCAUUGUUCGGAAAAGGCAAGUGCAACAUUGUCAGAGCUGUAAACAUUCUUUUCGAGAAAGGUUUGUUGGAACCAAUUCCAGAUGACAAGCUGACAGAAACUUUUGUACCAAAAGACGAAACAAACUUUUCACUGUUAGCAAGACCAAAAGUUGUUCCAGACAAAGUUCUAGUACAAAAGAAGUACACAAUUCCAAAAGGAGUUGGAUUGUUCGGAUACCAACCUGAACCAGAAGAACUUCCAAUGAGGUUGCAAGAACUUCAAGAUGCUAUAAACAAACUUCCAUUGAGACAUCCAAUUGACGUCAAAUUGUAUUGGAGAGCAUCUGAGUUAGGUCAGAAGGUUUUAUAUGAAACAGGUUGCUUCGACGAUGUUUAUGAGAUAACAGGAGAAGUUUCUCAGAAGAUAAGAGACUCACUUGAAUUUCCACAAACUGGACCAAUUGGUUGCGACAA